AUGGAUCAUCUGACGGCGCUCUUCCAGGAGAUGUGGCGUCGAGGAGAAGUCCCGCAGGGUUUCAAGGACUCCACAAUUGUCCAUAUUUAUAAGCGGAAAGGUAGCCGCCAGCUCUUUGACAAUCAUCGAGGCAUCUGCUUGCUGAACACCACAGGGAAGAGCUUCGCUCACAUUCCCCUCAACGACCUGAACCACCAUCUGGAAUAUGGUCUCCUGCCGGAAAACCAGUGCAGCUUCCGCCGUCGUCGUGGGACUACGGACAUGAUCUUCGCCGCCCGCCAACUGCAGAUGUGUCAGAAGAUGCAGAUCCACCUGUAUUCUACCUUCGUGGAGCUGACGAAAGCCUUAGACAUACUGGAUCGCGAAGGACUGCGGAAAAUCAUGCAGAAAUUCGGCUGUCCCGAGCGAUUUACACACAUGGUGCGCCAGCUCCACGAUGGCAUGAUGGCGUGAGCCACGGACAAUGGGGCUGUCUCAGAGGCAUUUGCAGUGAUCAAAGGAGGGAAGCAGGACUGCGUCCUCGCGCCCACCCUCUUCAGUCUCAUGUUCUCUGUCAUGCUGAUGGACGCCGACCGUGGCGGACGUCCUGGGAUCCGCAUCGCCCACAGGACGGACAGCCAACUCCUCAACCACCGGUGGAUGCAUUUCCAGUCGCGUGUAUCCGCAGCGGCCGUCCAUAAACUUCUCUUCGCCGACGACAGCGCCCUCAACGCCACCUCAGAAGGGGACAUGCAAGGGGGCAUGGGCCUCUUCGCCGUCGCCUGCGACAGCUUCGGCCUGAUCAUCAACACGGAGAAGAUGGUGGUCAGGCACCAACCGCCUCCCGACGCCGACUACGUCGCAGCCCAAAUCAACGUGAAUGGCGCCAAAUUGCAAUUGGUGGACAAAUUCACCUACCUGGACAGCACCCUCCCCCGCACCACCGAAAUCGACUAUGAAGUGGCCCUCCGAAUCUCCAAAGCCAGCCAAGCUUUCGCCCGUCUGCAAAACACCGGAAUCGCCACGGUCUCCACGUCAACAUUAAACUGA